UAUAUACAAUAGAUUUACGCGUUUGUAUAUUUAGUGAAGGUUACUACGUGGUACGUGUUGGCAUGUUUUCCCAAUUUGUAUUGCCCCAAUAAGUGCGUUUUAUCAUCGCGAUAUGUCAUAAGUACAACGAUCAUCGCUAAUGAUAAAUACUCGUAUAUUUAUCGGAUAAUACGUGCGACGCUGAUUAUAAACGCGUAAAAUGGCGUGGUUUGGAGACAGUUUGGCUAGCCUCUCUAAUUUAAAGGGACAAAUUGCGAACUUUACAAAGGACGUUCUGUCUGAGGGUAUCGUUGACGAAGUAGAUGAACGAGCAAAGGCAUUGAAAGAAGCGAUUGAGAGAUGCAGCCAGCUGGAGGAUUUGCUCAAUACCAAAGAUGCUGAAAUCUCCCUUCUGCGCCGACAAAACUACGAAUUACAGACAGCCGUAGUCGAGAUUAACGCAAAGCCCAAAGAAUCGAGGGAUACGAAUCACAACGAUGAAACGACCGAGGGGAUGUUUUGGGACCCGUCAUGCGACAACAAUCGAAACGCGAGGAACCAGAAUCAUGUACGACAAUUGCAGGAGCAGCUGGCUCAAGCCACCGUGAAAGUACGCGAAUUAGAAUGCGAAUUGAAGCGCGUUGAAAUGGUGAACUGUACGUCUUUGAAGGACGAUAUUCCCGAUGGGCAUCGAAGGGCUGAAGUUUUACGGGCGAAACAAGACAUGCUGAACCGUAUAAUACAAAUAGAAGAAAAGACUCGAGAAGCGGAACGAAACGUUAAACGCAUCCAGUUGGAUGAAGCCACUCUUGUUAGUGAUUUUCGCUCGAUAAUGUCCAAAUUAAACUCACGUGAAAAAUUUGACUUGGUCAGCGGAGCUCUGAAAGCUUUGCAAAUUGAAAGUGAGACAUGCGGGAAGAUGAAGGGUCACGAGAAAUCUGAUUCAGACGAGAAACUUGACAGAUUGGGUAGCUUCGAGUACAAUCCUUUAAAGCAUCAUUUUGACAUGAACUCUGAACAGAGCAAGCAGAAUAACACAAAUGAGGAACAACAUUCGACAAACAAGGAGGAAGUAUUGCGAAAAAGGAUAGAGGAGCUUGAAAAUAAAAACAAAGAUCUCCUGGAGACUAUGGAAAAGUUGGACGAAGAACAUUCGCAAUCGAUUGAAGAAUUACUCUCUCUAAAGCAAGAAGCUAACAGGAAAUAUCGCUCCCUCCAAAGUGCACACGAACAACUUUCUACGGAUUACAACGAAAUUCAGAAAGAAAUAAUCAAAUUGCGAAAUAAUGAUACGCAAAUACUCGAUAAAAGUACUAAUAAAUUGGACAAGCACAUUCAAGUAAUACUUCCUUGCCAAGGAGACGACUCGAUAUCGGAAACAAGCGUUCUCAAUGAUAUCAGCGAAAAAGUUAAAGCCAUCUUAAGAAACUGCACUAUAAGCAGUGUUGAGUCGGGAGAAUCGAUCUUCGAAGCUAUUGCGAAGCAAUACGUCGACGCUAAGUGGAAAUUGGACGUUUUGGAAAGAAAAGUGACCGAGAUCACUAGGAAUCUAAAGGAGACUGAAGAUAUGAAGGAUGCUCUGCAGAUGGAUUGCGAGGAAUUGCAGUCUCAUAUCGACAGCUUGUUGAUGGAGAAUCAAGCUUUAAAAUUGAACUUGCCACCUAUUCCUGAAGCGAGCGAAGAACGCGUCGCUUCCCUGGAGACGGACGUGGAAUCCUUAAGUGAAGAGGUGCAACGUCUUUUGGCGGAAAACAAAACGAUACGCGAAACAAACUUAAAUCUGACGCGCGUUGUACAAAAUAAGGAAUUGUCUUCAACAAGUGACAACCAAUCGAAAGAGAACAUUAAUCGCGAAAUCCAUUCAUGCUCAGAAGAAAACAAAGAGUUACAGGAAGAGAUUGUUUUAUUGAAAGAUACAGCGGAACAGAAAGAAUUUCUAGUAUCUUUGAAAAAAGCUGAAAGUUCAAAUGAAGAUCAUGAAAAUAUAAAGCAAAAAUUAGAAUUAGAAGAAUUAGGAGAAUUUGUAGAAGACGAUUGUCGGGAUAUAAAUAUAUAUAAAAUAAUAAGAGAAAACAAAGAUUUGUUAAAGAAGCAGGAACAUUUGAAAGUGGAAUUACAAGAUUGGCAAAAACGUGACUUACAAAAGGAAUAUAAUAGUUUUUUGAGCGAUUUGCAGCAACAGCUGGAUAAAACUAUUUGCGAGAAAUUCAACUUGCAAAAUCGGAUUAUUUUGUGUAAGGAAAAUGACUUGGACGAGAUGCUGACUGAAAUUGAUACGAGAGAAUCUCAACUAGCGAAAUUGUAUCAAGAUAACGACAGACUAAUUAAAGAGAAUGCAUCUCUGUCAGAGCAAUUGGCCGCUACACACGAUGAAUCCUUGGAUAAGAUAGAGCUGCUGAAUACAGAAAUGUCGUUGCUUCAACAGGAACACGAAGACUUGAAACAGGAGGAGUCGACUCACAAAGGCGAAUUGACUCACGCGAAGGAGAAAUUACAUGAGACGCAGGAGCAUUACGCGAGACUGGAAAACGAGUGUGGUAUAUUGAAAACGCAAUGUGAGCAACUUGAAAUAGAAAAAGGAAAUAUUCAAAGUACAAUGACGGAACGAGUAACGAGAAUACAAGAGCUCGAGAAAGAGCUAAGUUUCAAAGAAUCGGUCAUAGGAGAAUUAAAUUUUCUACGCAACAAAUGUCAGCUCUUUGAACAAGAGAGAGAAGCACUUUUGUCGGAAUUUCCAAAAACUUCCUCAAAUAACUUGACGUAUUUAGAUCAAACUAAUGAGGGGAAGGAACUUGGAACUAUAGAUAAUAAUUUAGUUAAGAUGGUUAACGUGGCGGAGGAGAUGAAGGCGGAAAUGCAAGAUUUAGCGACAGAAAGGACGAAUAACGCAACGUAUGACAGUAACAAGCAACAAACACUCGAGCAUAUUAUCGACGAAGAAAGACGAGAAAAGGAUAUCGUGAAGGAACACAAUGAAAAGUUAACAAAUGAAAUUAUCGAGCUACGUAGCAAGUUGCAAGCUGCCUUUGAAAGUAACAAGGAAUCGACGGAGAUGGCUAAACAAACUAUUGAGAAUCUUUCUCACAUAAUUCGAGAUAAAGACAAUGAAAUAAGCGUUCUACGAGCUAAUAUUACAAACGCGAACAAUGUUAUCGAAAAAAUUUCGAAUAAGAUCUCUAUAAUCGGUAAGCGAAAUGAUGAGCUUGAACAACUUGUCACCGUCAAACACAACGAGACUUUACGGUAUCAAGAUGAAAUUCAGCAGUUGAUCUGUCGCCUGAAUGAGCAAGCGGUUCACAUUCAGACAUUAAUCUCUGAGCAGACAAUGAACGAGAUGAGAAGUAAAGAGAAUAUAGAGGAAAAUAAUCAUAACAAAAUUGAGAAUCAAAUUGCAGAGCACCACGGGCAGAGAGACGAAAUUGCAGCUCUGAACGAAAAAUGCGCCGCACUGGAAGCUGCUUUGAUCGAAGAGCAAUCGAACAAUAGAAUUCUGCGGGACCAACUUACUGAGAGUCAAAGCAAGGGAACCAACGCCAACAAGGAAUUGGAAAGGUUGAGAACGCAUUUAGUCGAGAUGGAAUCGAGCUAUACGGAAGAAGCUCUAAUCGCCGAGAAGAAUCGCGAAGAAUUGGAAACGAAGUUAUUGCAAGCCGAGGAGAAGGUGAAGAACAGUUCGAUCGCUUACACAUCGGCGAAUAUUAGGGCGAACCAGCAGGUUGAGACGUUGCAGCAGCAAAUGGCUCUAAUUAUUCAGCAGAGGGAUCAGAUACAGGCAAAAUUGUCUACCACGGAGGACAAUAUUUUACUACAAUCCGCCUCUUUGACUAACUUACAGAUAGUCUUGGAGCAAUUCCAACAAACUAAAGAACACGACAUCAUGUCGGCCACGGAAAAGAUUCGAUCUCAGCUCAAUGAAUCGUACGAGAAACAGAAGGAACUGACGAGUGAAAUUUUGGUUCUUAAGCAACAAUUAUUUGAGGCUAAAGAAUGCUUGCAAGCUGCUUCUAGACUAAGCGAGCAGCUCGAGAAGAAGGACGAACAAAUCGAGCGACUUAACGAAGAAGUGGUGCAACUGACGACGUUAGUGAACACCACCAACCAACAGGUAAAAGAAACGAUGGAACGUGAUGAGGGAAAAGUGGACAAAACCCUCGUUAAGAAUCUUCUUUUGGGUUACUUAUCCUCAACUACGUCGAAUAAGUCUUCGAUCCUUAGAGUUUUCGCCACCGUUUUGGAUUUCACCGACUCGGAGAAGGAUAAAACUGGCUUGAACAAUGCGACUACGCAAGGCAACUGGCUGCUGCGUGCCGACAAAGGCGGUAGUGCACUAUUAAAAAGCGAAGAAACAUCUCUGACGACAGCCUUCGUGAGAUUUUUAGAAAGCGAAUCCAAACCAAAACCUCAACUGCCAGCUUUGCCGAUUUUGAAUUCACCUUCCUCUCGGCCCGGAUACAAUAAACAACAGUCGUCAUUGUCGUCGACGUUGGCAUCGUCGUCGUCAUCGUCGUCAUCGUCGUCGACGUCGUCGUCGUUAUCAUCGUCAUCGUCCUCCUCAUUGUCGACACAGUCCACAUUGUUGUUGUCCAAUGUUGCUCUUCCGACAUUCCCAGAUUUCGUUCCAGCCAGAAACACGGGGUCUAUUUUGAAAGAGGUGUUGAAGGAUAGUUGAUAUUAUACGCUGUAUUAAACCAUGUACAAAUUAUAUUAAAGCUUUAUUAGAUUGUAUUUUAUUAUCAGGAUUCUUUAUGAUAGCCGAUUUCUAUUGUAUCGUUGCAUUGCUUUGUCGAAAAGAGUGAAGAAACAACGCGUAACUGUACGGUAUACUCGAACGCAAUUAGAGCUUGAAAUUUAUCAAAAAUUCUGUAAUUUAUUGUUGACGUAUUCGCGAGACUUUACUCUUUUGCAUUUAGCAUUUCCUUCAUUUAUGUAAUACAAAUGUGCUGUAUAUAAUUAGACAACGUUAUUUUUCGUACUUAACUUUUGUAUUUCCGAAAAUUUGACACUAUAUGCAUUGGAAUUUCAUUAAAUUCAGAUUUUGUUAUUUUCCAUUUUUCUACCAAUACAAUAAUGAGAUUGUUUAUUUGCGUAGUAUGUUAUGCGAGUUAUUUUUAGUUAAAGCACGCCCUCAUUUGUGUGCAAUACUGUUUAUUUACUGUUUCGAUACUAUUUUUUGUUUCGUGCCGCUUUAAGUUUAAGUUGAUCAUUUCACGAAAUUGGUACGGAAGAGAGUUUGUUCUCGCCGAAGAAAUCUGACAUGUAUAAUCUUUUAUAUAAACAAAAAUACAAAUGGGACAUCAAAGAGAGAAACAUGUAUAUUAAACAAGAUCAUGUUUGGGUUAUUUCGAUUAGAUUAAUACAAAGAUUUAAUAAUUAUAUAUUAUAUUUGAUGAAUAAACUUGUUGAUUUUAAAUGGAAAAACUGAUGUACUAGAAGAACACGACAAUAACUGAUCUUUCUCUUGACACACACACACACACACAUUCAAUCAUUAUUUAUAAAAACAAAAAACAUCAAUGGUAAAUGGUAAAUAAUAGAUUCUUUGCGCAUUUCAUUUGAAAUAGUUUUAAUAUAGCCAUUAUAAAUGUUACAAUGAACGGAAAGUAUGCUAGAUCGCCUCGUGACAGAAAAAAUAACAAAGUUCUCUGUAACGAUGACACAACAUGACACUGCAAGUAAUAAAUACAUAGUAAGGUUUCGUUGUAUAACCAACUUGCGUACUAUGGGCAUAAAUACAAAAUAAAACUAUGUAUUUGAACAAAGUUAGUGUACAAAAUAUAGAUCUAUUCAACGAGAUUUCAUAAUACAUACACUAUUAUUAUUUUGUAAUAUAUAUGAACGCACCAACUUA